ACUCAACUCUGUUUUGGAAAGCCUGAUUUCUUUAUGCAGAUCGUGACAUUCAGCAAUCAAGUAUUUCUAAACUUUACAGUUGUCCGUAAUUCUGUACUGGUUAGACAAGUCAUAACAGGCAGGUGGGCCACAGCUCAAACCUCUUUUACUUUAUUAUCACAAUGUGAUAAUAUGUCAUGUCCACAAGAUCAUUUUGUCAGGGUAUUAACAUCCUCAUAUCGCGGCUAUGGUUAGUCUCAAGGUCUUAUGUUGAGGAAACAACAUUUAUUUCUCAUGGCCACCACUUGUUAUGUUGAGGGAAAGUUUUCUUGUGGCCACACAUUUAAUUCAUAAACAUUGCCAAUCUGAAGAAAGAUAUAUUUUUUUAAUUUGCUGGUUUAUUUUUUGUUCGCAGGUGUUUUCUGCAGUGCGUCGAGUUCUCUUGACCACCAUACCCAGUGCUAGAUCAAUUGUCUUUUCUUUUUAUUAUUAUAUUUUUUGUUUAACCAUAUCAUUUUCUAAGCAGAAGUUUUAAGCUAAUCCCAUUCAUCCAUUCUCCAAACCACUAGUCCUAUGGUCACAGGGCUUUAAACUAAUAUAGACUGGAGAGACUGGAUUCGAACAUGAGGCUACCGGCGCCGACCUGCCAGGGCAAUUUUUAUAUAACUCUGAUUGAAUUCUGAAAGAAGAAAGGCAUAUACACCUGGGAUGGCUUGAGGCAGGUCAGGCUCCUGUCAGCUCCAGGGACGCUUCAAGUUGAAGGGGAUGUACCAAGACGGAGACCUCAUCAUUGGAGGCCUGUUUGCAUUUCAUCUCAUCACAGUGUUCCCAGAACUGAACUUUAACAGAGAACCGGAACAGUCACAUUGUGAGCGGUGAGCCUGGGCUAAACGGAUGGCAAAAAAGGAAAGGACAUUUGAAAGACAAUAGAAGGAGACAUGCGAAACAAAGUCUAUGUGUUUUGUAGUUUUGUUAUUUGUUUAGAGCUGAUUGUCUGAUGAUGAAAGGUUUGAAAUGUGAUGUGAUGAUAGAGAUGAAGAGAUCAUGGGAUGUUUAUAUUUAUUUUUUGUGAUAAUAUUCUGAUAUUCUUUAGGGUAACUGAAUGAAAACAUUGUGCUGCCUUUUCUAGAUUCUAUAUGGCAAGUUUCCAGCAGGCACAAACUAUGGUAUAUGCCAUAAAUGAGAUCAAUGACAAUCCUAACCUGUUGCCUAACAUCACCCUUGGUUACCAUCUGUAUGACAACUGUGUGAAGCUUGGAGUGGCAUUCAGGUCUGCAACCGCCCUGCUCAGUGGGACAGAGGAGACCGUUUCCAGUUUCAACUGCACUGGCCCUCCUCCCAUAAUUGGGAUUGUGGGGGAUCCUGGAUCUACUCACUGUAUAGCAAUCUCCAGUGUGCUGGGACUAUUUAGAAUACCUAUGGUUAGCUACUACGCCACCUGCUCCUGUUUGAGUGACAGGAAAAAGUACCCCUCUUUCUUCAGAACAAUCCCCAGUGAUGCCUUCCAGGUCCGUGCUAUGAUUCAGAUUUUGAGGCAUUUUGGAUGGACCUGGGUUGGUCUGCUCUACAGUGAUGAUGACUAUGGAAUCAAUGCUGCUCAGGCUUUCCAAAAGGAAGUGCAGUUGUUUGGAGGUUGCGUUUCUUUUUCUGAAAUUUUGCCUCUUGAUAACAACCGCUUAGACAUCCGGCGCAUUGUACAGGCUAUUCAGGCCUCUUCAGCAAGAGUGGUGGUGGUGUUCUCUACAGAAGCCUAUUUGCUGCCCUUGAUGGAUGAGGUGGUGUUGCAAAAUGUGACCAGCAGGCAGUGGAUUGCAAGCGAAGCCUGGGCCACUUCACCCGUGUUUCACACUCAGCGUCUUCUGCCCUUUCUAGGAGGCACUCUGGGCAUUGCCAUCCGUCGAGGAGAGAUCCACGGACUUUAUGAAUUUCUGCUACGCCUCCAUCCUGACAGUAAUUUGAGAAAUGAUAUGGUGAGAAUCUUCUGGGAGAACAUGUUUGGGUGCAGAUUUGACACUGGAAGUGGAGAGGGAGAAAAAAUGUGUUCAGGACAGGAAAAUUUAAUCAGUACAGACACUGCAUACACUGAUGUAUCAGAGCUGAGGGCUUCAUAUAAUGUCUAUAAGGCAGUUUAUGCCCUGGCACAUGCACUUCAUGACUUGACGCAGUGUGAGAAAGGGAGAGGACCAUUUAGUGGGAACAGAUGUGGUGAUAAAACCAACCUGAAACCCUGGCAGCUGGUUCACUAUCUACAGAAAGUGAACUUCACUACAGGAUUUGGGGAUCAUGUGUCGUUUGAUGAGAAUGGAGAUGCUCUGGCAAUCUAUGAUGUGAUGAACUGGCAGCCGAGCUCUGAUGGGUCAAUAGUUGCUCGAACAGUUGGUGUGGUAGAUGAAGGGGCGGGAAAUGGGAAGGUGCUUGCAUUGGAGGAGGAUGCAAUAUACUGGAACUUAGAAACAAAUAAACCCCCGCAGUCUAUAUGCAGUGAGAGCUGUCCCCCAGGCACCAGACGAGCCAGAAGGAAGGGCCUUCCUGUCUGCUGUUUUGAUUGUCUGCCAUGUGCAGAUGGAGAGAUUUCUAAUAUAUCAGACUCUUGUCAGCUCCAAGGAAGCUUCAAAUUGAAUGGGAUGUACCAGAUUGGAGACUUCAUCAUUGGAGGCCUGUUUGAGGUUCAGCACCUCAAAGUCUUCCCAGAACUUACCUUCAGAACUGAGCCAGAACUGCCCCAGUGUGAAGAAUUCUAUAUGGCAAGUUUUCAGCAGGCACUGACUAUGGUUUUUGCCAUAAAUGAGAUUAACAAUAAUAACCACCUGCUGCCUAACAUCACGCUUGGUUACCAAAUCUAUGACAACUGCUUGAGACUUGGAGUGUCGUUCCGGGCUGCUAUAUCCCUGGCCAGCGGGACAGAGGAGUCCUUCUCAGACCUCAACUGCACUGGCCCUCCUCCAGUGAUUGGGAUUGUGGGGGACCCAGGUUCAAGUCAGUCAAUAGCAAUUUCCAGUGUACUGGGUCUGUUUCAAGUACCUAUGGUUAGUUACUACGCCACCUGCUCCUGCUUGAGUGAUAGGAAAAAGUACCCCUCUUUCUUCAGAACUAUCCCCAGUGAUGCCUUCCAGGUUCGGGCUAUGAUUCAGAUUUUGAGGCAUUUUGGAUGGACCUGGGUUGGUCUGCUCUACAGUGAUGAUGACUACGGCAUCUAUGCGGCUCAGUCUUUCCAACAAGAAAUGCAGUUGUUUGGGGGUUGUGUGGCAUUCUCUGAGAUGUUGCCUUAUGAUAACAACCACUGGGACAUUCAUCGAAUAGUAGGGGUUAUACAGACCUCUACAGCCAAGGUAGUUGUAGCAUUCUCAACUGAUUUGUCAUCUCUAAUGGAUGAGUUAUUGUUGCAAAAUGUGUCGGGCAGACAGUGGAUUGCAAGUGAGGCUUGGACAACAACACCUGUCCUGCAAACUCCACAGUAUUUGCCUCUACUCGGGGGGACACUGGGCAUUGCCAUCCGUCGUGGACAGAUUCAGGGACUUUAUGACUUUCUGAUACAUCUCCACCCUGACAAUAAUCCAAAAAAUAGUACAAUAAAUAUCUUCUGGGAGAAAAUUUUUGGGUGCAAGUUUGAGGCUGUAGAUGAACAACAAGAACAUGGUGGAACCAAAUGUUCAGGGCAAGAGGAUCUGAGCAGCACAGAAACAGCAUACACUGAUGUAUCAGAGCUGAGGGCCUCAUAUAAUGUCUACAAGGCAGUUUAUGCACUAGCACAUGCACUUCAUGACCUGAUGCAGUGUGAGGAGGGGAGAGGACCAUUCAGUGGGAACAGCUGUGCUGAUAUAACAAACCUAAAAACCUGGCAGCUGGUUCACUACCUACAGAAAGUGAACUUCACCACCAGCUUUGGGGAUCAUGUGUCUUUUGAUAAGAAUGGAGAUGCUCUGGCCAUCUAUGAUGUGAUGAACUGGCACCCGAGGUCUGAUGGAUCAAUCGUUGUCCACACAGUUGGUGUGGUGAAUGAAGGGGCGACAACAGGGAAAGUGCUCACGCUGGAUGAGGAUGCAUUAUACUGGAACUUUGAAUCAAAAAAGCCCCCACGGUCUGUAUGCAGUGAGAGCUGCCCCCCAGGAACCAGACGAGCUAGGAGGAAAGGCUAUCCUGUCUGCUGCUUUGACUGUCUACCAUGUGGAGAUGGAGAGAUUUCCAAUACAACAAAUUCACCCGAAUGUGUCAUGUGUCCAGAUGAGUUUUGGCCGAGUCCAGAAAAUGACCACUGUGUUCCUAAAGAAGUUGAAUUUCUAUCUUAUAAAGAUCCGUUGGGGAUUUCUUUGACCACUGCUUCCCUCUUAGGCACUAGUUUCUGUGUUCUUGUGAUGGUCAUCUUUGCUCACCACCGUAACACUCCUGUAGUACGAGCCAACAAUUCAGAGCUCAGCUUCCUGCUGCUGUUGUCACUCAAACUAUGUUUCCUGUGUGUUCUGCUGUUCAUUGGCCGACCACAGUUAUGGACAUGUCAGUUAAGACAUGCUGUGUUUGGUAUAAGCUUUGUUCUGUGCAUCUCCAGCAUCCUGGUCAAGACUAUGGUAGUAAUAGCUGUGUUCAAGUCAUCUCGACCAGAGGGGAAAUCUGCCAUAAAGUGGUUUGGUUCAGCACAGCAAAGAGGAACAGUUUUAGUCCUAACUUCCACACAAGUAGCAAUAUGUACAGUCUGGUUAUCUACUGCAUCUCCAACACCACAUAAAAACAACCAGUAUAUCCGCUCUAAAAUAGUAUAUGAAUGUGCUAUAGGAUCAGUGGCUGGUUUUUCUGUGCUUCUGGGAUACAUUGGACUGUUGGCAGCAGUAAGUUUUGUGUUAGCCUUCAUGGCCAGGAAACUUCCAGAUAAUUUUAAUGAAGCAAAGUUCAUCACUUUUAGUAUGUUGAUCUUCUGUGCUGUGUGGAUUGCAUUUGUUCCAGCAUAUGUGAGUUCUCCAGGGAAAUAUUCAGUGGCUGUGGAGAUAUUUGCCAUUUUAGCUUCUAGUUUUGGAUUACUGGUGGCCAUAUUUGCCCCAAAGUGCUAUGUAAUUAUAUUACACCCAGAAAAAAACACUAAAAAAGCCAUCAUGGGAAGAGCAACCCAAAAUAAAUAGUUUUACGUGCUGACCACAUGAGUAAUUAACUAGUGUAAGAUCCUGUAAAUAUAAUGAUUACUUCAAAUUGUGCAUAAAUACAAUGUGUUCAUAUUUGUUGCUUAUUUAACAUUCAAAUGAACUGAUAUCAAAUGUAUUUCCCUCACAGUUUUGUUAUAGGGUUUUUUUUUGUCAGGUUUUUUUAUUUUUAUUUUUAUUUUUUUACAUUUUGAAUUUGCGUUUCUCCCUCAGUCUGGAAUAAAGUGAUGUUACUCACAAAUAUCAUAUGCAUGUAGUUAUUGUUAAAAGGUAAGCAUUUGGUGUAAUGCUGGUAUAUUGU